AUGGCUUCGUCGGCGAAGAGCAUCUCCGCCUAUGGAGAAGCUCGUUCAACCGUGCAAGGGAAACCUCUCGAAGCCGAGGAGGUCCGCAAGAUGACCGCUUACUUCCGCGCCAGUCUGUACCUAUGUCUCGGCAUGCUUUAUCUCCGCGAGAACCCUCUGCUCAAAGAGCCUCUCAAGGUGGAACAUCUGAAGGCACGACUAUUGGGUCACUGGGGCUCCGACGCGGGUCAAUCGUUCACAUGGCUUCACAUGAAUCGCCUGAUCAAGAAGUACGACCUUGAUGUACUCUUCAUUUCCGGUCCUGGCCACGGAGCUCCCGGAAUUAUCUCCCAUUCUUACCUCGAGGGUGUCUACACCGAGGUAUACCCCGACAAGAGCGAGGACGAGGAUGGCAUGCAGAGGUUUUUCAAGCAAUUCUCCUUCCCCGGUGGAAUUGGAAGUCAUGCCACCCCCGAGACCCCUGGUAGUAUCCACGAAGGUGGUGAAUUGGGCUACUCCAUCUCCCACGCUUUCGGCACUGUUUUUGAUAACCCAAACCUCAUUACCUUGACCAUGGUUGGCGAUGGCGAAUCUGAGACCGGUCCUCUCGCGACAAGUUGGCAUAGUACCAAGUUCCUGAACCCGAUCGUCGACGGCGCCGUCCUACCAGUCCUCCAUCUCAACGGCUACAAAAUCAAUAACCCGACUGUCCUUGCCCGAAUCAGCCACGAAGAAUUGACAGCACUGAUGGCCGGCUACGGCUGGAAACCUUACUUCGUUGAGGGAAGUGACCUGGAUACCAUGCACCAAGCUAUGGCUGCGACCCUCGAGAAAUGUGUGCAAGAGAUUCGGGAGUACCAACACCAAGCGCGUUCAUCAAAGAAGGCGUUCCGUCCCCGUUGGCCGAUGAUCGUUCUCCGCACCCCUAAAGGGUGGACUGCCCCGCGAGAAGUUGACGGCAAAUUCCUGGAAGGCUUCUGGCGGGCGCACCAGAUUCCCAUCACCGAUGUCGCGACCAAUCCGUCCCACCUGAAGGUCUUAGAGAACUGGAUGAAGGGCUACAAGCCUGAGGCUCUCUUCGACAAGAAUGGCUCACUGAUCCCCGAGCUCAAAGAGCUUGCUCCUGCAGGCAACGCCAGAAUGAGCGCCAACCCUGUUGGCAAUGGUGGUCUUCUGCGCAAGCCCCUAAUCAUGAACGACUUCCGAGAAUAUGCACUCAACGACAUCGUCCCUGGAAAGACCAUCAAGGGCGGUAUGGCAAACAUGGCCAAGUUCCUGCGUGAUGUCGUGGGCAAGAACAAGACGAACUUCCGCCUUUUCGGGCCCGAUGAGACCGAGUCCAAUAAGCUUGCCGAAGUCUACAAGGAAGGCAAGAAAGUCUGGAUGGGUGAUUACUUCGACGAGGACAAAGAUGGCGGAAAUCUCGCGCCUGAUGGUCGCGUCAUGGAGAUUCUCAGCGAGCAUACUUGCGAAGGCUGGCUUGAGGGCUACAUCCUUGGAUCGAGAAAUGCCUUGAAGUCGAAUGGCGAGCCAAGGUCGCCUCCUCUCAACAUCCUGAUUACAGCCACAGUCUGGAGACAAGACCACAACGGCUUCACCCACCAAGACCCGGGCUUCCUCGACGUAGUCGCCAACAAGAGCCCGGAGGUAGUCCGAAUCUACCUCCCACCGGACGGCAACUCCCUCCUAUCCGUCAUGAACCACUGCCUCCGCAGCGUCAACUACGUCAACGUCGUCGUAGCCGACAAACAAGACCACAUCCAAUUCCUCAGCAUGGACGAAGCAGUCGCACACUGCACAAAGGGCCUCGGAAUCUGGGACUGGGCCAGUAACGACCAAGGCGCCGAGCCGGACAUCGUAAUCGCCUCUUGCGGAGACGUCUCAACACACGAAGCACUCGCCGCAACAGCCCUCCUCCGCGAAAAUCUCCCCGAUCUAAAGGUCCGCUUCGUAAACGUCAUCGACCUCUUCAGACUUAUUUCUGGAAUCCACCACCCACACGGCAUGUCCGAUAAACAAUGGAAGGCCAUAUUUACCGAUAACAAGCCGAUACUUUUCAACUUCCACUCUUACCCCUGGCUCAUCCACCGCUUGACCUACAAGCGACCGGGACAGCAGAACCUGCAUGUGAGAGGAUACAAGGAGAAGGGUAAUAUCGAUACACCGUUCGAAUUGGCUAUGCGCAAUGGAACGGAUCGGUAUAGUCUUGCCAUUGAUGCUAUUGAUCUUAUUCCGGAACUUGUUAAUAAGUCUUCGAGUGUGAGGGAGAAACUUGUUAAUGCGAGGUUGGCGGGUAAGGCGGAGGCUUAUGAGAAUGGUGUUGAUCCUAAGCAUAUUCGGAACUGGGUUUGGCCUUUUGCUAGGAAGUAG